AUGAAUGCCAAGCUCAACAAGCGGUUCGGACAGCUGCCCGAAAACCUGCAACUGAACGGGCGCACCCCGAGCGGGAAGCCGCGCGUGUUCGUGUGCGCCGUGUGUACGCGGGCGUUCGCGCGCCAGGAGCAUCUGACGCGGCACGAGCGGUCCCACACCAACGAAAAGCCGUUCCAUUGCGGCGUUUGCGAACGCAAGUUCACCCGCCGCGACCUGUUGCUAAGGCACGCCAUCAAGAUGCACGGCGGUGCGGGCGGAGAAUCCGCCGGGAAGCGUGGUUCUGCGAGAAUCAACGCCAAUCUCCUCGAAGGCACCGCCCGCUCACAACCGCCGGAACAGCUGCUGUCGCAGCUGCCGCGGCGGCAACUGCCUACUGUUCGCCGUUUGCGCGAAGAAGGCGCUUCUGGUGUGCACAAGAGACCACGGCCCUUCCACAGACGGGCGUCCUUCUCGGCGCAGAGUGCUGAGAACUAUGCCAAAGCAGUCCAGGUCGGUCUCGGAGGCACCGGGGGCGGCGGUGUGCGCCGUGUCGAUUUCUCAACACCGCAUCUUUUACCGAUAGAUAUGACCGCCCAGGACGUACCGCCGUUGCCAACGCUGUCUGCAGCGGCCUAUACUUCCAAACGUAAUGCCCGUGCUGAACCGCCGCCCAUCAAUUUGCUCGACCGCGACAACUGGGUAAACGAAAUGAAUGCCUUGCCGCUUUUGGAAGAAUCUAGUGAUUCUACAGGGUCCCCGGUUUCUCCUGGAUGCCAUUCCAGACGUCCUUCUUCUUGGAAAAUCAAUGCGGAAAAUCGCCUGGAAAUUACGUCUUUGUUCAACAACGGCAAAAGUCAAAAGUUCAAAACUUCUUCCAAAUACGCCCACCAUUACAUGGGAUCUCUUUUCAACAAGAGUUCUGACGUUAAUCAGCGAGAAAUCAUCGCGAAAUUUAAUAAUUUCCAAUUUCAAGAAAAGCCUGAUUUUGAAGAGGCUUUAGGAAAAUUCAAUCUUCCCUACGAUGUCAUUACCACGGGGGCCCAAAAUAAAUUCGAUCCUGGCUUCUCGUUUUAUGAUUUCAAUUCUUCUGCAGUUUCUAACAUUGCCAGAAUCCCUAGAACCCAACAAUCUCAACCUUUGACAUGUCAGUUUUUCACAGAAGAACUGCGUCAACGAUGCGUUGCGGCACUCGCCUAUUAUUCAUCUCAUGAACCCACAAAGACAGAUAUGAGUUUGCCAAGUUGUCGCGACUUAAACGUUUACCUUUCUCAUUUCCAAACUACGUUCCUUGCACAUUAUCCCUUCAUACAUCCGCGAAUACUGUCACUUAGCCUCAAGGAUUUCGCAAGAUAUGUGCAUGAUGGUCAGCCGGGCGCAGCGCCCGACGAGAUUUAUCUACACGCUAACAUAGUAUGCCUUCCUUUGUUUAUGGCUACCAUUGGAUCUCUCUUCAAGUUAGGAGCGCAAUCUCAAACGGUUUACCUCUAUGAAAUGAGCCGUCGCGUACUUCACGUCUACCUCGAUACUAAAAAGAACGUGCACGACCAAAACUCCCUGCUUGCCAAAGGCGCCAAUUUGUGGUUGAUCCAGUCUUUAUGUCUUAGUGUUGUAUUUGCACUUUUCUGUGAUCCUUUGGAAAGAGUCAACUCUGACAUUAUUAUAAAGCAGGUCUCGGCGCUUUGCUCUUUGAUAAGAAAUAACAUUUUCCCCUCGACUACGACACCGAUCGUCAAAUUUGACUCCCAAGAUCAAUACAUGUUAUAUGAGUCUAAGAUCAGAACCACGUUAAUGUGUUACAAGAUUUGUCAGUUUUUGCGCAUUUUCUGCAAGAUAGAUACCUCAUUGUUCUUAGCAGAACAAGAUCUUGAGCAAAUGAUUAUUCCUGAUGGUGAAGACGCCUGGCAACGCGCAGGUUUCGCGAGUCAGCAAUCGGAAGAAAUUCAAAAACAAUACGUGACGGAUUUUCAAAGCUUUUAUCGCUCAUUUGCCUUUACGAACACAGGUAUGCAUCUAAUACCCGAAUUUUUGACCAGCGCUAUGCUGUUUCAUGAAUUUAAUACCAUUGUGAAUAAUGACAGUGAUGAGAGCGAACCUUUCCAUGUUUUUUUGACCAAGAUUGAUACCAAGAAACUAGAGAUGAAUUUACCGCAAUCGACUAAUGCGUCAAAAAGCUCUACAGUGCUGAUUGAUAGCGCCGUUGACAUGCGCAAUUCUCUUGUAUGCCUAAUUUUCUUCAACAAGGUUGACCCCCAAUUCCCGCAAAAGGCGUGGAACAAUGCCAUAUUGGAGAUUAGCGACACAUUUUUGUUCCCAGAUAAAUUCAACAUUUUGUCGCACGGCUCAUACACUAUGACCACAGAUUUUCUGGUUGCCCUCAAUUUUUCUAUUAAGAACAUUUCCAACUUAUUUUGCAGUAAGGACGAUGUUAUUGAUUUCAACAGCAAUAAACUGUCAGUUUUGAACCUUCAGGGGUAUUAUUACAAUUUUUUGAUUCUCAUAAAAUUCGUGCUUGAUUUCGAAGCAACUCCCAACUUCAAAUUGUUAUGCGUUUUCAACGAGCUCAAAAAACUUGUCUCGCAAGUCCUAAUUCCCAAGCUCUCUGCGGCCUGCCCAGGGGAGUUUUACAAAUUCUCGUCCAAUGCUCAUGAGAAGAAAUUCCAAACAAUGGUCAACAUUGACCAACUAGAGAAGUUAAUCAAUAACGUUCUCGUACAUUCGUUCAAUGAUGCCAAUUUUCUAAAGAUGCCCGAACAAUCGGCAACUGCAUUUAUGUUUGGGCCCUACAAUGACACACUUUUAUCCGAUGAAUUCGAAAUAGAGAAUAAACCACGACCCUCGAGGUCCUCGGUCGAGCUUUUGCGGCAGCACCAAACAAGCGGUAAAAUGCCUGUUAAACAAAGCUUUGCAGAAAGGUACCACUUGUCUGCGAAAUUUGUUGCGGUAGCGAAGUGCUUUUUCAUGUACGUUUUCCAAAGAUUUGCACACGCUCAUUUCCUCGAAAAAUUGUCUCUGGAUUUUCUCACUUUAGAGCAGCAACUUGAUGAAUUGGCUAGCACCCAUUCAGUAAUGGCAGCGACCCGAAACAGCUCGGAUGAUAUUAGAGAAACACCUACAGGAGACUAUUACUUUGAUCCGAAUUCUCUUGGUUGA